AUGGUAACCCCAGUACCAGGGACACCCUCCUCGCCCGCCGCUCCCACCCGUCUCCUGCCCCGGAGUACGAUGGCGGCGACCGAGCUGAAGCUUCGGGGCGAGGUUCUAGUGACCUUCGAGGAUGUUGCUGUGUCUCUCUCCAGGACAGAAUGGCUCCUCCUUGAUGAGACCCAGAGACACCUGUACCUUAAUGUCAUGCUGGAGAACUAUGCUCUUAUAUCAUCUCUGGGUUGUUGCUGUGCAGCAGAGCAUGUGGUGGCACCCACUGAACAGAAUAUUACUAUAAGAAUCUCAAAGGCUAUGAAUCUGAAGUCAGCACUGUCUUUCCAGAAGAGCCACCCAUGUGAAAGUUGUAGAUGUGUCUUGAGAGACAUUUUCCUCUUGGUUGACCAGCAGGGAACCCAACAGGGCCCAACACUGCUGAAGUGUGGGGCAUGUGCAAAACCAUUUUAUUUCAGUGCACAGCAUCACCAGCACCAGGAACAGGACACGACAAAGAAUGGUUUCAUAAGCAAUGUGGACAGGGUCUCACUUGCAAAGAACUGCAAUUUCCAUGUGUCUUGGGAUCCUUGUACCUCUAGUCGGGUUGGAAAAUGCUUCCUCAUCAGCUCCAGAUAUUGUGAGCAUCAGUCUGCUUACACCAUGCACAGAGAAAAGGAAAACUCUAAGCCUGGAAUGACUUUUCAAACUGCAAAGUAUUACACCCCAAGAGAAUGCAAGAAAGCCAUUGGCUGUGAUGACACACUCAUUGAGGACCAGAGCUUCCUUACUGGAAGACAGUGUAUUUUGUGUUGUGAAUGUGGCAAGUCUUUUACCAGAAUUUCUGCCCUCCAUGCUCAUCAGAGAGUUCACACUGGAGGAAGGUCUUACAAAUGUGAUGUAUGUGGGAAAUCUUUUGCCAGUCGCAGUGGCCUCUUAUAUCAUCACAGAGUUCACACUGGAGAAAGGCCUCAUGAGUGUGGUAAAUGUGGCAAGUCUUUUACCCAGACCUCUACCCUCCGUUGUCAUCAGAAAGUUCACACUGGAGAAAGGCCUUAUAAGUGUGAUGAAUGUGGGAAAUCUUUCAUCAGUCACUCUGUUCUCCGUCGUCAUCAGAAAGUUCACACUGGAGAAAGGCCUUAUAAGUGUGGUGAAUGUGGGAAGGCUUUUACCCGUAGCUGUAUCCUCAGGUAUCACCACAGAAUUCACACUGGAGAAAGGCCUUAUGAAUGUGGUGAAUGUGGGAAAUCUUUUACACAAAACUUUACCCUACGUGUUCAUCAGAGAGUUCACACUGGAGAAAGGCUAUAUAAGUGCCGUGGAUGUAGUAAAUCUUUUACCCAUAGCUGUGACCUUCUUGAACAUAAGAGAGCUCACACUGGAGAAAGGCCUUAUGAGUGCAGUCAAUGCAGAAAAUCUUUUAUCUGUAAAUUGGACCUUCGUAUUCAUUAUAGAGUUCACACUGGAGAAAGGCCUUAUGGCUGUGGUCAAUGCGGAAAAUCCUUUACCCGUAGCUCUUCCCUCCAUCUUCAUCACAGAGUUCACACUGGAGAAAGGCCUUAUGAGUGCAGUCAGUGUGGGAAAUCUUUUUCCAGUAAGUAUGGUUUUCAUUGUCAUCAGCGAGUUCACACUGGAGAAAGACCUUAUGAGUGCCGUGAAUGUAAGAAGUGUUUUAAACAGAACUCCACUCUUACUCAGCACUACAGAAUUCAUUCUAGAGAAAAAUCCUAUGAGUGCACUUAAUGUGGAAAACAUGAGUAACUGCCUUUUUGUCAUUGAAGUGUUGGCACUGGAUAAAGGCUUUUUGAAUGCAUUGAAGUUCUGUAAUCUUUCACCAGUAAUUCUGCUGGUAUUAUCAGAGUUCACAAAGGAGAGAGGCUUUAUGAGUGCUCUGAAUGUAGGAUAUCCUGUAGCUAUAGCAGUCACCCAUAUUAAUAUUGAAUAGUUCACUCAAAAGAAAGGCCUUAUGAGUGCAGUGACUGUGGGAAGUCUUUUUCUUGCAUCAGUAAUUUCCAUUAUUGUGAGUUUACACUGUAGAAAUGCCUGUUGAGUGCUUGUAAAUAUGGGGAAUCUUACAUUGGCCAUGAUUUCCAUUUCACCAGAAUUCACGAUGACUGAGUCUUAAAGUUAAGUAACUUUGGAAAAUCUUUUGUCACUUUGUUAUAUAUUUGAGAGUUCACAGGGGUGAAAGGUUUUAUAUAUACAUGCAAUAUGAUACAUUUUUUUCUUAUAACACCAAGCUCCUUUAUUCAGAGAUUCCACUCUGGGGAAGAGCUUUAUGAGUACAGUGAAUGUUGGAAAUGCUUUUUCAACCCUUUUUUUUUUUUUUACUUAUCAUCAGAGAGGUCACACAGGAUAUAGGCCUUAGGGGCUCAUCAAAUUUAAAUAUUUUAUCUCAGAGUCAUAAUCCCUUUAAUCACAGUUCAAACUGGUUAAAGGCUGCACAUGUAAAGUGAAGUUGGAAGAUCUAUAGCAAUAAGUUUAUACCCUUGGAACGUUGGAGUGUUCUCACUGUGUAAAUGGUUAUAUUUUGGGAAAUGUGUUGUUUUCCAGUGCAGGAACACUGAAGAGAACUUUCUGAGGAACCUCAGAAUUUAAUUUUAUAUGUUCACAGUGUGGACAUGUCUCAGAUUGUAAUGGUUAAAUUUCUGAAGAACCUAACAAAAUAGAAACUAAACCAGCUGUGACUUUACACAUUCUUACUCCUAGUGUAUAGGGGUUGUUUCUCCCCAUCUAACAAAAUCUUGAGUGUUUUAUAUUUGUCAGUUCUAGUUCUUUUUAUAUGUUCAUCAUGCUCUCUCUGUUGUUUUAGUUGCAUUUCCCUGAGGAUUUAUAACGAGCAUUUUUGUAGGUGUGUGUGCACUACUGAUAUGUUUUUAGUAUAUUGCGUGUUCACAUAAUUUACCUAUUGUAUUAAUUUCAGCUAACUCCUGUAACAGGAUAUAAAACAAUAAAGAUAUGUGUUACAAUGUCACCAUUUCACUCCUUCAAUAUCAUGCAACUUUCCCUUUCUGGAAAAUUGUAUUGUUGGAAUAAUUGUUUUUAAUAAUGGAAAAUAUUCCUAAUUAUUAGGAAUUUUGAUGUAAAAACAUAGUAAUACAUAUCAUAUACUUUGCGGAAUAUUCUGGCGUUACUAAUACUCUUUAUCACUUUUGUAAGUGCAAACAGUUAGUAAUAUAAUAAAAAGCCUUCCUUUUUCGUGUUCA